UACUGUCUUUGGUACUACAUUGAGACCACUUCUGCAACGUCUUGUCACCCGGCUAUUGAACCUUUACAAUGGCCGUUGCAAGAAAACGUACGCUAUCUGGAUUAGAAGAUGUGAUAGACAGAAAAACAAAGAUUAUCAAAGACAGCGGCGAGAAGAGACACAUCGCAGCCCUGAUCCUCGCGAGGGGAGGCAGUAAGGGGAUCCCCCUGAAGAAUAUCAAAGUUUUGGCCGGUGUCUCCCUCAUUGGAUGGGUUCUGAGAGCAGCCGUGGAUUCCAAACAGUUUGACAGUGUGUGGGUAUCAACUGACCAUGAUGACAUUGAGAAGGUGGCCAAGGCAUGGGGAGCUCAGGUUCACCGCAGGAGCCCAGAGGUGUCCAAAGACUCUUCCAGCUCUCUCGACACUAUCCAGGAAUUUGCCCGAUUAAACCCAGAGGUGAAUGUGAUCUGUCAUAUCCAGGCCACGUCUCCCUGCCUGCACCCCUUCCACCUGAAGGAGGCCCUGGAGUUGAUCACCAAUCAGGGCUUCACGUCCGUCUUCGCCGUGGCCCGACAACACCACUUCCGCUGGCAGGAGGUCAAGAAAGGAGGUAGUGUAGCCACCAAGCCACUGAACCUAGAUCCGUCUCACAGGCCCCGGAGACAGGACUGGGAUGGAGAGCUGUGUGAGAACGGAUCUUUCUACAUUCAUACCAGAGCAACAAUAGAGAAAGGCCUGCAGGGGGGAAACUGGGCUUACUAUGAGAUGCUGCCAGAGUACAGUGUGGAUAUUGAUGUGGAUAUCGAUUGGCCCGUGGCAGAACAGAGAGUACUGAGGUUUGGUUACUUUGGCCUGGACAAGCCUGAGAUGGUGCGUCUGCUGCUGUGUAACGUCUCAGGCUGUCUGACUGAUGGCCGCGUCUUCAUCUCUGUCUCUGGGGAGGAGAUGGUCUCCGUCAACACCAGAGAUACCAUGGGUAUCCGCAUGCUGCAGAGAGAGGGGGUGGAGGUGAUUCUGAUCUCAUCCGGUGAGGACCUCCUGAUCAAGGCCCUGGCUGACAAGCUGUCCCAGAGAACAGGCUGCGUGGUCAGACAGCUGGGUAUGGACAUCCAGGGUGAGGUCAAAGCCAUGAUGGACGACAGGGAUCUGGACUGGAAGGAAGUCGCCUAUAUGGGUAACGAUGCACCAGAUAUUGACUGUCUGAACCUGGCUGGGCUGAGUGCAGUACCCCGGGACGCCCCAGUGGUGGCUAUCAAUGCUGCUAAAUACUCCUGCCACAAUGUUGCAGGCCUCGGGGCUGUGAGGGAGUUUUCUGAACACAUCCUGCUGCUCAAGAAGAAGGCCAAGGCUCAGAUGGAACAGGACCGCAUCCACAGAAAUACAUUCUAA